GGGCCACUCAAAACCACUCCCUCCCUGUUUCCUCUCGAGGCUUAUCCGGUGCUGUGUAGCUUAGCUUAAGCUGUUUUGCUGAACACUCUUUUUUUCGUGUGAAGAGUUGGCUGUAAUCAAACUAAACAACAAAACAAACCGAAUAACCUUUGGAUUUUUAUCACAGGUUUUUAGGCUUUAAAUUGUAAGGGUCUUGGUUGUCUGGAAAGGUCGCAUAGUAACGUAGAAUUCAAAAUGGUGCUAAAGUCUGAGGACGGAGUUGUACCGGAUGAUCUCACUCCAGAGGAGCAGCAGGAGCUGGAGAACAUCCGUCGCCGCAAGCAAGAGUUGCUGGAUGAUAUACAGAGGCUGAAGGAUGAGAUAGCGGAGGUAACCAGUGAGAUCGAGAACCUGGGUUCCACGGAGGAGAGGAAGAACAUGCAGAGGAACAAACAGGUGGCCAUGGGCCGCAAGAAGUUCAACAUGGACCCCAAGAAGGGCAUCCAGUUUCUAAUAGAGAAUGAACUCCUGAAGAACACCUGUGAUGACAUCGCCCAGUUCCUCUACAAGGGGGAGGGGCUUAAUAAGACUGCCAUAGGGGACUACCUUGGGGAGAGGGAUGAUUUAAACCUUCAGGUCUUGCACGCAUUUGUAGAGCUGCAUGAGUUCACCGAUCUUAACCUGGUGCAGGCACUCAGGCAAUUCCUGUGGAGUUUCAGGCUUCCUGGUGAGGCUCAGAAGAUUGACCGUAUGAUGGAGUCGUUUGCACAGAGAUACUGUCAGUGUAACCCUGGCGUCUUCCAGAGCACAGACACCUGCUACAUCCUGUCCUUUGCCAUUAUCAUGCUGAACACCAGCCUGCACAACCCCAAUGUAAAAGACAAGCCCCCAGUGGAGAGAUUCAUCUCCAUGAACAGAGGCAUCAACGAGGGAGGAGACCUACCAGAAGAUCUGCUCCGAAAUCUCUAUGACAGCAUCAAGAAUGAACCCUUCAAAAUCCCAGAGGAUGACGGGAAUGACCUCACGCACACUUUCUUUAAUCCGGACCGUGAAGGCUGGCUGCUUAAAUUGGGUGGACGAGUAAAGACGUGGAAGAGGAGGUGGUUCAUCCUCACGGACAACUGCUUGUACUACUUUGAGUACACAACUGACAAAGAGCCCAGAGGAAUCAUCCCCUUGGAGAACCUCAGCAUCAGGGAGGUGGAGGAUAAGAAGCCGAACUCCUUUGAGCUGUUUAUCCCAGACAACAAGGACCAGGUGAUCAAGGCGUGUAAGACUGAGGCAGAUGGGCGAGUGGUCGAGGGCAACCACACCUUCUACCGCAUCUCUGCUCCAACAGCGGAGGAGAAGGAAGAGUGGAUGAACAGCAUCAAAGCUGCCAUCAGUAGAGACCCAUUUUAUGAGAUGCUGGCGGCUCGGAAGAAGAAGGUCUCCUCCAUGAAGAGGCACUAGCUGCUUCCGGGCCCCAGUGGAGCCCGGGCUAAUGGACAGGGGCAGAGAUGAGAGCUGCUCACGGGUGGAGGAGAGACAUGGCUUAGCCCUGUAAGGGCAGGUCUCCUCUUCCGCUUCUCUGGGAUUGGUUGAUAGCUUUUAGAGUUGGAGGGGUCAGCAGGAGAAUGGCUCCGCACUGGCUGGCUGUGUCCAUCCAGGAAAUGCCUCUGCAGGGGUUCCCUUUGGACUGUCCUGCAGUCUGCUCCCAAUUGGCUGUUGUAGGGGGGGAGGGGGAGAGCCUGUGUUUUCUUCUCUCCGUUCCUCUGCGAAACUCUUAAAAACAGCUUUAUUGUGCUUAACCAACUUUAUCUUGUUUCACUCUCGUAGAAGCACCUAUGUUAAAACUAUAAAAUCAGCAGGUCUGACAGAAAGUGGAGUCUUUACCAAAAUUUUCCUAUGUGCUUUUGAAAAGAACAGGUAUCUUGCAUUGUGUGCUUUGUAUUGGCUGAAUGUGUAUUUUUUUUUAACAUUUUUAUCGCAAUGAUUCCUCUGUCAAGCAUUAUGCUCACAUGACUGAACAUUUUUUGUAUGGAAGAGGAGUGAUUGGAGUGGAACGUGUUCAGGUUCAGGGUAAUAACGAUGCAUGGUCGGGUUCACGGUUGUCUCAGCACUUUGUGUCUCAGCAAUGCUCAGAACAACCCCUGCAGAGGCCUUGUUUGCAAUGAACUCGUUUUUUCAGACAUUGUUAGAUUGUAGUCGGUAGAACAAUCCAAGUCAAGUCACAUCAUGUGCCUACCUGGUCCCGCUGGGUCCCUCAGAAGCCACACACUCAUGCUGCUCUUUCCAAAUGACAGUCCAUGACUUAAGUAAUCACUUCCCAAAUGCAACGUAGUUUUGACUCUAGCUAAGCUCUACACCUGUGUGGUCAGUGCCUGCUGUUUGUCAGUGCUCUUCUCUGGGUUAGCAUAAGCUGCUAACUCUUUUGCGCUCCCUCUUGUGCACUGACUGUCACAAUAAAAACAAAACAAAUCUAAGCAGUAUUGGUUUAUUUAUCAAGGAUGUAUAUACUUCAGUGUAUAAUGAAUACUGUCACUAUUUCAUUUAUUUCAAGAGUAAAAUGUAAUGUUUAUGUAGCAUUAUAUCGCUAGACUAGUGCCAUUUUUUUCUUUUUGUGUCAUUUUCCACCAUUUCCAUGGUAACUUGUGCUAUAAUAAAAAAUAAAAUUACAGCAGAAA